UUUUUCUUCUCUCUAUCAUGUCUAUCAGGACAGACCUUCUGUAUCUCAAAUUCCCUAUGAUCAUGACAGAUAGAAAAUAUAUUGAUGGAAAUUUGUGAAGAAGAAAACAGUGCAGUUUGUAAUUAAUACUUUGAUAGUAAAAAAGUUAUUCCCUGACUGAUGGACUUAGACUGUGUACAUCCAGGCUUAACAGAGGUUGUCAACCUGGGAAAUAGAUUGACUUGGUUGUUUACGGAAAUGAAAUACAUGUAUACUCGAUUCUAAGUUUAGACUUUGAUCAUGAAUCUCUCUGUGAAAACUGGUGUCAUGUUUAAAGUCUCUUGUUCAAUUCACUUUCACGGGAAAUAUUCAUAUACAUAAAACAAUAAUAUUUCCUUAGUGUUGCUUCAUCCAUGACAUGUACUGUCUAUGUACCAGUAAAUACAAGGCCUAGUGUGGUGCAUGCUCAGUACUUUUCACAUUUUAUGACUGUACAAAUGGCAUGUACCUUCCCCAUCUCCUUAGCCUUCAGUAUGUGAGAGGAAGUUGCCAAGGAUAAAAACGAACCCAUUGUGAGCUUUCAAUGUGUUGAACAUCCUUUUUCACUUAAAUAUUUUCAUUCCACAUUCUGUAUCUUCCUAAGAUUGAUUACACAGACAUUCACUAGAUCCCUAUUUAUAGAAUCUUCUAGUGAUUAUCUGACAAUGAAAAAUGUGGACAGGAAAAAAGAAUUGGAUAGGAAGUCACAGGAUGGGUCAGAUGAUGUAUCGAUCACAAGCUCUCAGGUGGACAACAGCAAAAGCUCCGCCCCCGAGAGACAGAACAGUACACACAAAUCAACCUCCAGUAAAAAGUCCCGCAAGUCUCGGAAAACGCGACACCAUGACUGGGAGAUUCUGGAAGGACUGAAGGAUGGGGUGCGGUGUGACCAGAAACCUGAGAAGUUCUGUGGCUUCUUGAUGAAGCGACGGCGCUGGCCGCUCAAAGGAUGGCAUAAGAGAUACUUUGUGGUAGAGAAGGGCAUUGUUUACUAUGCCAAAUCCCCCUCAGAUAUACAGAAGGGGAAGUAUCAUGGCGUCAUUGACACAGGGCUGGCCGUGGUCUCCUACAAAAAUCCACGACGGAUCGACAUAGACGCUGAAGAUAUCGUGUAUCACCUUAAAAUGAAAGACAAGAAGAUGUUUGACGAGUGGCUAAAUGUCUUCAAGCACCAUCGACUGUACAGACAGCAUGAGAUUGCAUACGGUACAAAGGAAUCCCCCAAACUAACAGAAAUUACCUCCCCUGUAGAAGAUCUGAACAGGCCUUUCUCUCCAGGUAUGAAUCUACCGGGGUCCCUCAAGAGGGAGAGACAUUUGAUGGGCUCCAGUGAGGUGAUCCCAGUCAUGAGGAAGUCCAGCUUCAAGAACCAGAGCUCGUCCCAGGGGCGGGUCGCCACCUGGCUCCUGGACACUGCCGGAUUUGAACAGUGCAGUAAAGAGAUGAAGGACACUCAGAAACUACUGUGUGACCUUAGAGAGGAUCUACAUCUGCUGAAAAAUCUUCCUCUAGCUUCAACCCAAGAGAUUAAAGAACCAGAGAUUGCGGACAAGAAGAAGUUGAAGGUUCUGGGACUGAAGAGCUCCAGAAAGAGAGAUAAGAAGAGUGACAGCUCGGUCGUCACCGACAGCAGUCCCACCACAGCAACUCCCCCCUCCCCGGGGAUUGAUACUGUCCAGAUGAGGAACAGCAGCUCUAACCCAAAUCUAAUCCAGUACGCCAACGACCACACCAACCGUCCCCGCAGCAUGCCAGACCAUGUGAUCGUCUCCAGUGCCCACGAACAGCACAUCAACGAGAUCAAGCUGAGGGAGGAUUUCUGUACCAAGGCGGACAAAGUUCAUCAGAACCUGAAGUCCUUGCUACACAUCAUCACCACAGAGAGGGAGCGACUGAAGACGGCACUGGAGAUGGACAGCGACCUUGCCCUGCCCUCCAGCGCUGUAGUCAGCUUGAAGCAGAACCUGCAUGAGGCUAUCCGACAGAAUACAGAUCUUAAGGCAAGGCUGAGUAGGAUCCAUGCAGACUCUUUGGUGACGUCGUAUCCGGACAUCAAACAGACACCCUCAUCUCCCAUAAUGUCUCCUAACAGUGAACACAGGGACCAUUCAAACCUGACCAAGUCUACAUCCCUUGACACCUGCUCUAUGUCCGAGUAUUAUGAUGCAGAGGAGGAGAACAGGUCUGGGUCAGAGUCCUCAUCAGAGAGGACAGAUGAGGACGACAUCUCCAGUGAGAAUGAUGACACAGAGUACAAUGCAGCCCAAAGCGUAUCAGAAGACCAACUGUCUGUGUCGUUUGAGACGGGACGUCGAUCCAAACUUCCUGUUCCCAAGCCGGACUCCGGGGACAUCAGUUUGUGGAACAUCCUGUACAAGAACAUUGGGAAGGACCUGACCAAGAUCUCCAUGCCUGUCACUCUGAAUGAACCACUGAGUAUGCUGCAGAGAUUAUGUGAGGAGAUGGAAUACAGUGAAUUGUUGGACCGAGCCGCAGAAAACCAGGACCCCUACCAGAGAAUGAUCUGUAUAGCUGCUUUUGCUGUCAGUGGGUACGCUAGUUCUGGGUACCGAGCAGGACACAAACCAUUCAACCCUAUCCUGGGGGAAACCUACGAGUUAGUGAGGGACGACAAGGGAUGGAAGUUCGUGGCUGAACAGGUGAGCCAUCAUCCUCCGGUGUCGGCCUGUCACUGUGAAUCCAAGAACUUCUCUCUCUGGCAAGAUACCAGAAUAAAAACCAAAUUUUGGGGGAAAUCGAUGGAGUUUCAGCCUGUGGGACACGUGAAUGUUUAUCUGCCAAAGUAUAAAGAGCAUUAUUUAUGGAACAAAGUGACAACCUGUGUCCACAAUCUCCUGGGGGGUCAGCGCUGGGUGGACCAGUAUGGGGAAAUGCAGAUCAGGAACGGAGGAAUCACCUGUAAACUCACAUUUAAAAAGGCCACACAGUUCUCAUCUCGUAGACAUGAGGUGUAUGGACAGAUAUUGAGUCCUGAUGGAAAGGUUGUCCACAAUUUGUUUGGGAAGUGGAAUGAGGCUCUGUAUUACGGACAUGCUCCAAGUUCCCGCUGUAUAUGGAGGCCAGGAGCCAUGCCUGAUGAUUAUGAGCUGUACUAUGGGUUCACUAGAUUUGCCAUUGAGCUGAAUGAGUUGAAUAAAGAUGAAGCAAAGUUCCUGCCUAUCACAGACACCAGAUUCAGGCCAGAUCAGAGGUUGUUGGAGGAGGGUGACAUACAGGGAUCAGAGGAGGAGAAGAAAAGGGUGGAACAACUCCAGAGGGAUGAGAGGAAAGUACGGGAACAGCAGAAGAUCAAAUAUGUGUCCCGCUGGUUUAGCAAAGUGGAUGACAGUAAAGACCAUGACUGCUAUGAAUUUAACUGUAAAUAUUGGGAAAUGAAGAGAGACCCAGGGUUUGACAAACUUUCCCUUCCGAAGCUUUGGUGAAAUGGAGAGAUAAUGCAGAGAUUAUUUAUAGAUCUACACAUUUAUCUACUUACUGCUCAGGAUCUGUUAGUCGUCAGAUUCAUUGUUUAGUAGUUUCAGAAUGAAGAUUAGGAAAUGAUGAUAUUGUGUAACGAAAUUCUGGAAUAGAAAUGUCACCUUUGAUGCUCUAUUAAGACAUACUAUUGAGGUUGUGGUGAUCUAAAGACUUGAUGCCAAGUCUGAUAAGGAAUAAACUCACUAUUUAGGCUGUGGUGAUCUAGAGACUUGAUGCCAAGUCUGAUAAGGAAUAGACUCACUAUUUAGGCUGUGGUGAUCUAGUAACUUGAUGCCAAGUCUGAUAAAUAUUCAUAAUUUGGUGAUCUAGAGACUGAUUCGUAUACCACAGAGUGUUUGUUUAGGUUCGGUAGUCUAAAAACUGGAUCCUGAACCUCUGAUAAUCUAUAGACUCCAUGAGUUUAGCCUUUGAAAAACUUA